AGUUGGUGCUCGGCUUUCCCGUGGCUAACUUUCAUUUUUCCGACUUGUUCAUUUCUAUAGCGAGAUCUUGCGUGGAAGGUGAACGGUUCCGGCGUUUGGUUGUCAGUGUUCAGUGUGUGAAGUUCAAGAAAAGUAGGCGAAAUGGUACAACAAAAGACACAAAAGUCUGCAAAUUCGAUGUUCACAAAGGAGGAGGAGCUCCUCCUUCAAGAUUUCAGCCGAAAUGUGAGCACAAAAUCGUCGGCGCUAUUCUACGGCAAUGCCUUCAUCAUUUCGGCGAUCCCAAUUUGGCUUUUCUGGCGCAUCCACAGCAUGGAUUUGCUAUCGAGUGCUGUUUUCUUCGUCGUCGUCACAGGACUUAGCACAUACUUAAUGGCGAUGGCUUAUAAGAACACCAAGUUCCAGUUGAAGCAUAAAGUUGCCGUCAAACGUGAGGAGGCUGUCACCAGGGAAGUGAUGAAACAAUUGGCCGACGAUAAGAAGAUGACCCGCAAGGAGAAGGACGAACGUGUCCUAUGGAAAAAGAACGAGGUCGCCGAUUACGAGGCAACCACCUUUGCGAUCUUCUACAACAACGCCAUGUACCUGGCCAUCGUGAUCUUGAUCAGCUUCUUCGUCUUGAAAACUUCCUCGCCCGCCGUCAAUUACAUUUUCUCCGUCGGUUUGGCCAGUGGCUUGUUGGCGUUGUUCUCCACGAGCAAGGCGGCGUAAAAAUAGCAACAACUGUA